CAGCCUAUGAAGCUGAUCAGAACUGUCAUGAUAUAUCAUUUCUUGGGCCUUUUGAGCAGUUGAAAAAAACACUGGGCCUAAAUGUAAAACCCAUGAAUUAACUAGGGGUAUUUACGGGAAUCUCUCUUUUUUUAAAAAAAUUAGGGUUAGACUAGAGCAUGCAGCUCACAUAUAGAAUCCAAUUAGAAGGGCAGCCACCAUUUUCGUUUUCUCUUGAGAAGAAGAAGAAGGAAGAAAAUGCCGAAGCAAAUCCAUGAAAUCAAGGAUUUCCUUCUUACAGCAAGAAGGAAGGAUGCACGUUCUGUCAAGAUCAAGAGAAGCAAAGAUGUGGUGAAAUUCAAGGUUCGCUGCUCCAAAUAUCUGUACACUCUCUGUGUUUUUGACUCUGAGAAGGCUGAUAAGUUGAAGCAAUCUCUCCCACCAGGUUUGAGUGUUCAGGAUCUGUGAAGAAACAAACAACAAACUUGAGUUGCUUUUUGGCGUUAUGAUGAGAAGUCAAACGGAUCUUAUAUAUUUUGCUCUUUUUCUUGCUGUCUUUAUCUUUAGUUACGAUUAAGAUACCAUGCUACUUGUGGAGAUCUUUGCUUAUGUAACUCGUGGGCAUGAAUUUGUAGUCAGACUUGAGUUGUUGAUUGGUUUAGUUUGAUUCAAUGACAAUUUCAACUUGUGCUUUGGCUAUUA